AUGUUUCAUGAAUAUAAUGAUGAUUCUAACACUAAAACACUCAAUAUCACUUUAUUAGGUAGUGAUCGUAAAUUUUAAAUAUGUAUUUAUGGUGAUACUUCACUCAAAGAAUUGAGAUAAUUAUGUGAAUAGAAACAUUAAAUAAGUCUUAGACACUUUAGAGUAUUUACUUAGGAUGGAGUAGAACUGUUUAAUGAAGAUUUGAUUUACUUAAAAGAUAAUUCAAAAUUAUAUAUCACAAGAGGGGAAGACUUUGAUGCAAAUAUCAUCCAUCAAGAAUAUGAGAUUUUAGAAUAAUUGGGUAAAGGAGGAUUUGGUAAAGUCUUGUUGGGUAAACACAAAGAAACUCUUAAUUUAGUUGCUAUUAAAUAUGUCAAUACUAGAAAUAGAGAUGCAAAUGAUAUUGAGUUGGUAUUUCGUGAAGCUUAUUUACUGAAAUCACUUAAUCAUAAAAAUAUAGUCAAAUUUUAUAAUUGUUACCCUCUAUCCAACAUGUAAGUAAUUGUUGUAAUGGAAUAUUUGGAAGGAGGUGAUCUAUCAAAAUAUACUUAAGGUAUUUUUAAUAUUUUAAUGAAGCUAAGGGUUAAUUAUGUGAAGAAGAAGCACGAAUGUAUUUUAGAUAGAUUUGUGAUGCCAUGAUGUAUUGUCAUAAUCGUAAACUAAUUCAUAGAGAUCUCAAACUUGAAAAUCUUAUGUUUGCUAAUAAAAAUGAUACCUUAAUUAAAAUAGUUGAUUUUGGUAUUGCUGGAAUGGCUGUCAAUAGUAAUAUGGAUAAAUUGAAUAUUGGAACCAUUAGAUAUAUGGCACCUGAAACUCUCUAAGGAAAUAAUCAAAAAAUUGGACCUCAUAUUGACGUUUGGGCUAUGGGAGUUAUACUCUUUCAUCUUAUAUUUGGUAAAUAUCCUUUUGAUGGAGAAUCUAAUUUUGACAUCAUUCAAAAUAUUACAACCAGUAAUUACACAUUUUCAAAAAAGAAUGUCUCUCCUUAUCUAAUUGAUCUAUUAUCAAGGAUUUUCUUCAUAGAUCCUCAAAAAAGAAUCAAACUUUAUGAUAUACUCAAUCAUGAAUGGAUGAAAAUCUCAUUCGAAUAGGAAUAUUUUGAAAUGCCUCAAUUUGUACCUCGAACUUAAUUUCGACUACCAUCCAUAGAAAACUCCAAAUAACAUAAUGGAGUUUAGAAAUAAAAGAAACUUAAUAGAUCCUUCACUCCUCUUAAAAAGAAUUCUCCUAGAAGAAGAAAUAGUUUUAUCAUCAAAGGAGUUUUAAAGAGAUUUCAAUGA